AUGAACGAUUUGAUGAGUGGCAUCUCCAUUGCCAUCGCCCCCAAAUUCUCACUGAAAGGCUUCUGGGACGAUAUCAUCGAGAGCAACGCAACAAUAUUUGUCUAUGGUAACAUUCUCAGAUCUGAUCGAGACGAGUACCGGAUUUUAACGCGUCUGUUCUACUACCAGGAGCGAUUUGGCGUGUCUGCCAUUGGCGAGUUCUAUGCCAGCACGGAAGGCCCCUUGGCACUCUUCAAUCACUAUCGUGGUGGUGGCUUCGGGCUUGGAGCUGUGGGCCACCACGGUUGGCUCUUGAGGAGGAGAGGCCGCGAUUCCUACGUUGCAGUGGAAACUGAUGCCGAAACAGGAGACAUCCGUCGGUGUCCAAGGACUGGACUUGCCAAGAGGCUGCCGUACGAUCAAGGUGGAGAGAUCCUAGUCCAACUGUCGUCCAAGUCGGCGUGGUCUGGCUACCGGCAGGCUGAAGACGCGACUGCGAAGAAGCUGGUGCACAACGUCUUGAAGCGGGGAGACGUGUUCUUCAGGACAGGGGAUUCCCUGCGUCGCGAUGACAAUGGUCACUGGUAUUUCCUUGACCGACUUGGAGACACAUAUCGCUGGAAGGGGGAGAAUGUGUCGACAACAGAGGUGUCGCAAAUCUUGAACUCGGACCCUGACAUUGCAGAGUCGAAUGUGUACGGCGUAAGAAUCCCAGGACACGAUGGCAAAGCUGGCUGCGCUGCCAUUAUACUCAAAGACUCCGUCCAUCCCGAGCUGAUUGACUGGACGAGGCUAACGGCACGACUGCGAUCGGAGCUACCUCCUUACGCUGUUCCAGUUUUUCUCAGGCUCCGAGAAGCAGUGGGAGCCAUGGUUACGGACAAUUAUAAGCAGAAGAAGGAGCCGCUCAAGCUUGAAGGCGUCGAUCCUGAUACUCUGGGGUCCCAGGUUCCACAAGGAGAGCGUGAUCAGAUCUUUUGGCUGCGUCCGGGGUCACCCAAGUACACGUUGUUCACGAGAUCAGAUUGGGCUGCAAUCUCAGAGUCUCGAGCUAAGCUAUAG